CCCAAUCGAGAUGGAGUCAAAUGCCGAUGGCAAAGGGCUCCUCGAUAUUGCUCUGCAUCCACCGAUCUCGCUUGCUGCUGAGCGACAGAGAAGAUACAUCUACUUUACCUUGACGUGAAACCCAUGCCCACCCUGGUGUGACGUUGUGGGCAGCUCUACUGUUGUGUCGCCGCCAUGAGCUCUGAUCCAUUUGGAUUUGCCGCUGGAGCGGAUACUCCCUCGCGUCGGGGGCCGCGCAAGCUGAACUUUACCCAACGCCUUGUCCCCAUCGCCGGCAGCAAGCAGGUCUCCACCUCAGAGUUGGUGAACAGGCUAAAGAAAGUGCACAAUGAUUUGAGUCGGAUGGACCAAGAGGAUGUCGACACGCAAUCAUUGAAGACUGUGCAAAAGGACUUAAUAUCCCCGUCUUUGAUGUCCCAUAAAGACAAAGCAGUGAAGAUCUUGACAGCCUGUUGUCUGGCGGACAUCUUACGGCUAUUUGCACCAGAUGCGCCCUAUAACCAAAAUCAACUGCGGGAAAUCUUCGAAUUCUUUGCAAAGCAGCUUCAGCACAUUGCCGAUAAGAAUGGUCCCUAUUUUUCGUUCUAUUACUAUUUAUUGGACAGCCUGUCCACAGUGAAAAGUGUUGUUCUUGUGGCCGAUUUAAAUGCCGAGGACCUUAUUGUGGACUUCUUCCGUAAUUUUUUUGACCUAAUCAAACCUGAUUUUACCAAAAAUGUGUAUAUUUGCAUGGUCGAUAUCUUACAGCAGCUUGUCGACGAAUGCCAUCAUCUACCGCAGGAUGUGAUAGAUAUCAUUCUGUCGUCUUUUCGACAAAAGAGGCAGGUAGAACGUCCUGCUGCCUUCAAGAUGGCCGCGGAUCUCUGCAACGCCUGUCCAGAUAAGCUACAGCGUUAUGUUUGCCAAUACUUUAGCGAUGCAAUUGUGGCUGCAGGAAGGGGAUUUGAGGAUGAGAGCGAUGAGAAAGAGUUCGAGGAUGCACACAAGGUGAUCUUGGAGAUAAACCGCGCUUCACCAGCAGUAUUGCUUAGCGUGAUACCACAACUGGAUGAGGAAUUAAAGGUUGACGAUGUACACGUUCGUACGUUGGCAACAAACGUGUUGGGACAAAUGUUUUCCGAGCCCGGAUCGAAGCUUGCCGCGAAAUAUCCUCAUGUCUGGAAAUCCUGGUUGGGACGACGCCUUGACAAGCAAGUAUCUGUGCGCAUCAUCUGGCUCGAGUACUGUUUUCCUUUGUUCAAAAGCCAUCCCGAAUUGUCGGCGGAUGUUGACGCGAGUCUCAGAGAAAAGAUGAUAGAUCCGGACGAGAAAGUACGAGCCGCCGCUGUGAAAGUUCUUACGCAGUUGGACAUGAUGUCUGCGCACAAUGUGAGCAAAGAUACACUGUUGGCUGCUGGAGCUCGUCUGCGCGAUAAAAAGUCCACUGUGCGGGAAGCUGCGACAGAAGCGCUAUCUCGUGUUUUCAAUAUGAAGUACGCGGAAAUAAUGGAUCCAAGCAUUGGGGAAGUUGGGGCGGCUGAUAAGUACGGAUGGAUACCCGGGAGUGUCCUUGAAAUCCUUUAUAUGGACGAUCCGGAGACGAAGGUGUUCGUUGAAAAAGCUCUGCACGAUCAUAUAUUUCCUGCAAUACCCGAGGACUCUGCUCGCACGGAGCGACUUUUGAACGUGACAACAGCUUGGACAGAGAAACAGAGGAAGGCUUUUUUGAGCGUUCUCGACCGUCAGGCUAAAACUGUUCAUGCGACAACAAUAUUUUUGGAUCAAUGCGAAAAGUAUAACGGAGGAAUCAUGGACUCUGACGAAGACGCGACGGAAAAGGUUUUACUUCAGAUUAUCACGUAUUUGGCAUCUCGGUUUCCGGACCCGAAGAAGGCGCAGGCGCAUUUGCAGAAAUUUGCUAAAGUCAACGAUGGUCGCCUGUACAAGCUCAUGCGCACCGUCAUGGACCCACAGAGCGAUUACAAGCCUAUAAUGAAAGCCAUUAAAGAGAUUGUCAAACGCGUAGAACAACAAGCGGGGGUCAUGGAGACGUUGUCCAUUUUGUUACGAAGAAUAUGUCUCACACUCGUACCGAAAAGCUCAAUACCCUAUUUGCUGGAGAAAACCCAAGCAGCUCGGUCCAGCCAGGACGCCUUGGUUCAACGUCAUGGACAGACGGCGGAACGACUGUUAAAGGAUAUAUCGACGGUUUUCCCGGCGUUGUACAGAAGUAAUUUGGAAAACUUCACUCAACUGCUGCGAAGUCCGGAUGAAGCUCUUGUUGCCGACUCCUUAGAAGCUUUGGCGAGAUUUACCAAAACAUUUCCCGACGAAGCUCCGCAGGACAGGCAAUCGAAGGAGCGAUUGAUCAAAUUUGCACUGAAAGGAUCACCACAGCAGGCGAAGAAUGCAAUAGUUGUCCUGGCACACACACGAAAUCCGACAGAAGCCUGCAAUGAAGUGUUGCAGGAAAUAUUGGGCUCUCUGUCCUUUGACAAUGAGAAACUCCUUUCUCAUCUGCAAGCCCUAGCGCAAAUCGCUCGCAACGCCUCAACACUCUUUGAACCGCACAAUACUGCGAUCACGAACUUUAUCGUAAAGGACCUAUUACUUGUCAACCGCAGAAAGGCUGUCGAAAACGAUGUUGAUUGGGUCGAGUACGAGAGUCUCGAGCGAGAAGGCCAAUUAAAGAUUAUGGGUAUCAAAAUAUUGGUUAAACGCUUAAUCGCACUCGCGAACAACGAAGACGCAGACGUGGCUGCCCCUGUUCUCAAAUUACUACGACGCCUUCUCGAAUAUGAUGGUGAACUUGUUGCGGAAAAAACUACUCCUCCCGCGGUUCAGACUCAUCUGCGAUUGAUUGCGGCUAUUUCCCUGUUGAAGCUUGCUCGGUGUCCUACAUAUGCCUCGCAGAUUGAUGUUACGUAUUUGCAGAAGCUUGCCCUUUGCAUUCAGGACCCCAUAUAUCAAGUUCGAAACGCCUUUGUGGAAAAGUUGGUUAUGUACUUGUCAAACAAGACGGUGCCCUUCGACUACAUGGUUAUAUUGAUGUUGGCAGCACAUGAGCCAGAGGCAGAGCUUAAAUUAAAGGUCAAGAAUUUCCUGUCGCGCAAGGCCAAACAGCAGAGAGCAGAGGAAAACCCGCAGGCAUCGCUGCUCGAGCACACAAUUGUGCGGUUUCUGCAUGUUCUUGCCCAUCAUCCUGACUUUAACAUCGAGGUCGAGGAUCUUCAGAUGUUUGCAGUAUACAUCGAGUUCUUCCUGGACUCUGUCGCCACAUCUGACAAUGCGUCGUUUCUCUACUAUAUGACUGCAAAGGUAAAGACGGUGCGGGAUAUACAUGCACAGAGUUCAGAGAAUUUAUACGCGUUGAGCGAUUUGGCACAACUUAUCAUUCAAGAGAGGGCGAAUCACGCUGGAUGGAGUUUACCUUCUUACCCCGGAAAUGUGCACCUUCCAAAAGACCUAUUCGUAAAAAUGUCGUCACAGAAUGCCGUUGAGAAUACACGCAAAAGUUACCUUCCUCAGGAGUUUAUUGACAUGCGGGCCAUGUCCAGCGUCCUAGGUCAUGGGCAGAAGUCUAGGGCAAGUCGGAAGGUUGAGGCAACCGGUCGACCAGCCCGAUCUCGCUCAAUGACACCGGACAGUGACGACAACGGCUCCGUGACAGGUACGAAACGGAAGGCGUCAAGACGAGCGCAAACACCGUCGUCUGCCAAGAAGCGACGACAAAGUGAUGAGCUUCCUGAAGAGACGCCACAGCGAAAAAAUGCACCACGGUCUGCAAAAUCGCGCACGAAAAGCUUCAAAGAGGUUAGUGACGAGGAGGAAGAAAUGGAGGAGAUACCGGAGGAGGAAAGAAGUGAAAGCGAGGAGUCGGAAAUCGAGGACGACGACGCGGACAUCAUGGAAUCCUCCGAAAAGCCCGUGCAACAUAUUCAAGCAUCUGUCAAAUCUGUCGCUAUGACCCCAGUGACUAGACGAAGAGCUAGAAAAGUUCUUGCGGAUUCCAAGCAAAUGGAUACCUCAGAAAAAGAGAACGAGAGCGAUGGGGAGAAUUUGAGCCGCCGGACCAGAGGACGAGGUCGAGGAACCGCAAGUUCUACAACGCAGCCGAGAGCAACGUCGACGUCUUCCCACCCCGUGUCAAAACAAGUUGUCGAUGAUGAACUUUCCGAAGAAGAGGUUGUAGAAGAGCAAAUUCUACCCACAAGAGCAAAACGAACAAGAGCCAAGCCCAAAAUGGAUACAACACCGGUUGUGGAGGCGGAAUCUGAUACAGCUCCUGAAGAUGAGGUCGAACCUGUGAAUUCACGAGGAAUCCGCCAAAGGAGGGCUGCGGCGAUCAAGAAAUCCAAAAAUGACGCGACUGUCGAAGGAACACGGCGUUCAAAGCGGGCAGCAAAGACAGAUAGCGGUAUCGUCGCGAGCGAUGAGAUUGUGAGUCCUGUGCGGGUGUCGGAUGAGGACCAGGACGGGACAAAGGGGGCCAAGCAUGAAGUGAGAAAUACGCGACGAAAGAAGGCGCUUUCGGCGGUUCACAAUGAAGGGGAUGACGAGGAGCCAGUGAUCCGUAGACCGACACGAAGGAUUCAUAUCUAAGGAGAGGCAAGAAGGAUAGCUGUGACAGUGUGAACAACAUGUGAUACUGGUUUAGGCGCCAAUAUAUAGGUUUUUUUUUUUUUUUUGAAGAGAUUCUGUAGCCAUUUUAUGUGGAGGGCAAGUACGGACUAGUUGAGAAUGACAGGUGUUUUGAUACACAGAUUUCAAAAAGAAUGUG